AAAACACACCAGGGGGUGAGACGGGUGCGAGGGAGGCACCGGCAGUCCGGCCAUGGUCCUGGCCCGCCCCGAGCGGCCUCCGGUCGGGGCGGGUCGGUAGCGGGGCCGGGCUCUGCCCGAAACCUCCCCGGGGGAGGGGGAAAGCGCAGCUCUUAAGAGCGGGUCCGGCACCCGCCCGCCCGUCCCGUCCCGGCCCUGCUCUGGCCGUAGCGGCCCGGCCCGCCUGUCCCACCCCGGCACAGCCAUGGGGGAGGCGGCGGGUGGCAGCGCGGUCCCCCCGCUACCGGCUUCGGAGGCGGUCGGGGGCCAGGUGAACGCCCUGACCGUCCUGGCCUUACUGGAGAAACUGGUGUCCAUGUUGGAAGCGCUGGGAGGCCAGCAGCGGCAGAUGGAGCAGACGCAGCGGGGCUUGGAAGGGGCCGUGCGGGGUAUCCAGGGAGACCUGGGGAAGUUGUUCCGGAGCCAUGAGGCGACUGGAGAAGCGGUGGAAAAGCUGUUGGAGAAGUCUCGGAAGGUUUGUGCCAACACCCGGGCAGUGCGAGAGCGGCUGGAGAGGCAAAGCGACCAGGUGCGACGGCUGGAGCAGCAUCACGCCCAGCUCCUCCGCAGGGACCGCUUCAAGGUGCUCAUCUUCCAGGAGGAAAAUGAGAUCCCUGCCAGUGUUUUUUCAAAAGAGCCUAUUCCCAGCAUUACAGAAGGAAAAGAGGAGCCUGUGGAUGAGAACAAAACGCUGGAAGAAACCUUGCACACAGUGGAGUUGGGUUCAGAUGAUGAAAUGUUUCAUGAGGAAGAUGAUCUGGAUGACAGCACAGAAGAGAAAACAGAAGAAUCACGAGCUGAAAAGAUUAAGAGGUCCAGCCUCAAGAAGGUAGACAGCCUCAAGAAAGCAUUUUCUCGCCAGAACAUUGAGAAGAAGAUGAACAAGAUCAGCACAAAGAUUGUGUCACCUGAACGAAGAGAAAAGAUCAAGAAAUCACUCACUGUACAUCAUCAGAAAUCCUCCUCUUCAAAGGGCUCACCUUUCAAAGUAUCUCCCCUCACAUUCAGUGUGAAGAAAGCCCGUGAAGGAGAAAGCCCUGCUGAAGCUGAGGACAAACCAACAGAAACUACAAGCAAUGACCAAGCUGAGAAUGAGGAUGAAGUGUCAUUUACCGACAUGCACUCGGAUAUGACACCUACUGCUGCCUCGCUGACCAAGGAGGCUAAAGCAGUAGCUGAUUCUCUAGAGAAGGAAGCCAGAAUGGAAGAGAACGCUGUGGUGAACAACAACAUUGAGCUGUCCAUUGUUGAAGACAAUGAAGAGUAUGGGAUGCCUCUAGAAGUUUCUAGCCAGAAACUGUAUGAUGAAAGAAACAACCCAGUCGGUGGAGAAAUGGAACAAUCUGAUGAAGAAAGUACCCAGGCAGCUGUCCUGCAGAUAGACCAAACGGCAUAAUCAGUCCAAGCCUUCUACAUAUGCACAGGUUUAUGUAGGCAAGUAACUGGUUUCUGCUACACAGGCAGCAGUAGUAAUUCAGAUCUUUCCAUCCUGCGCUCUGCAGUGGUAAUUUAUUGCAUUAUGUUGGAAUGCAGAGUGAACACAGUCAAUGACACAGGCUGCAACAUGCUCCAUUUUGGGCUGAGUCACUGGUGUUUGCUCAUUUAGUGAUGCUGUCAGCCCGUGUAAGACACUAGCAGAGAAAGAGUAUGUCUAGUAGUAGCAAGCUGAUCUACUGGCUUUCUAAUAGUUAGGUUGGAGGAGUGCAUGGAGAGUAGUCAAAGCCCAAACAUUUCUGGUCUGUCAUCAUCUCUCAGUAUUUCACAGCACUGUGAGUAGUUCUGUAUGGAAAUGCAGAAAUACCAAUGACAACACUUGAGUUUGGUUUCCUUGCUCUGCUCUGUGAAGACUCACAGCCUCCAUAACUGUGCAUACAUGCAGAGACUGAGAAAAAACAGACUACUUAGAAGGCAAAGCUGAAAAGUUGUUUUCAUCCAUACCAGUGAGGGGGGGGGAGACUUUUGCCAGCAGUCUUUCAGUACUCAGAAAAAAAUUACUGUGUUUAGGUGGAAAGGUUGAAAUCUAACCAGAAUUAUGAAAGUACAUCGGCAACAAGCAGGAAUGUGUGAUCAGCUACUGCACUUUUAAGGGAUAGGAAACUGAAAAACAAAACAAAAGUAGAAGGGAUUUGAUAAAAAUGUGGAGGUAAGCUGAAGGAAGUAUGAAAUGCUAUGAAAGGGAGGAAAAAAGGCAAAAAUUAACACUACCACCACCCCCCCAGUAUGAAAUCUGUACUCCCAGCUUCAAGAAUAUAUACUCAGAUAACACUAAUUCUUAGUCUAUAUAGAAAUAUACUAUCCAACUUUGCACCUGCACCACUUUGUAUCUCAGUAUUUUGAAAAUAGCAUUAAUUUAUCUUUUUACAAAAUAUUGCAUAUAUAGAGCUCUGUCUACACAGAGGUGUUAAGAUAAUGACAGGGAUGUAAGGACAACGUUUUCAAAAAGGUGAAACAUUCUCUUGGGCACAUCUAAAGGGAACAACACGUUCUGAGUUGAACUUCAUGGCCGGGACGAUGAGUUUACCUAAGGGUGGGUCUGCAAAGCCACAGGAUUUGAUUCUCUGCUGGUAACUUUCAUCAAAGCCACCUCCUACCUGCUCUCAAAAUUCUCCAGUCUGUAACAUUUCAAAAUGUAUUGAGAAGAAGAGGUUACAGGGUAGUUUGUUUGCUAUGGCUGUUCAUUCCUGUUACUCAACACAGGUAAGGGAGAGGAGAGGAGAGGAAAGGGAAGCACAAGACCCACAACAGUUACCUUACAUCCUUGUUUGUUUCUGCAGUGAAUUAUCUUUAUUUUUUUAAACAUAUAUAUAUUAAAAAAAAAUCUACUGAUACUUAGCAUUGCACUAAAAGAUUUCUUCCUUCAACUUGUAUUUAGAAUCACAAAAUUACAGGGGAAAUACAACAAAAAUACCGUUAUGAAAUGAUUAAUGGGUAUUACUCCCCAAGGGUGGUAUUUGUCACCAGUACACACUGGAAGUUAGUUGAUAAGAGCUUAGUGUAGGCAAGUACUAUCAAGAGUUAAGCUCUUAAAAUGUAUGAUAUCAUAUAAAAGAGACUGUAAGACAAAACAUGGCCUAACUUGUGCAGCUAUAUUUUUAUUUUGUAUUAACUACAAUGGAUUUCAAUCAUUUUUACUUGUAACUAACUGCAAAUAUGACAAAUAAAAGCAUAACAUAAACUACA